GGUGGUAUAUACUGGUAUAUUUCCCUGGACGAUUGUAUAAAGCAUUUCCAUUGUCAAGACGCCCCGGUGGUAUAAUUCGUAGGUCACGAUUCAGCGAUGAAAUCGCAAAUAAAAUAAUAUCGG